AUGGCUUCUCAAGGUGUAACAAGUGCUUUCAAAUUUACUAAAUCUGUCGACAACAAAAAAGUUCCCACUGGGCACAUAGUUCUCACAUUCAAUUUAUAUAAUCAUCCUGAACAAGUGGUAGCCGGUUGGGCUACGGUACUAGUCAAGGAUUAUUUCCCUAAUCAAAUGAGAUGCAAAGUGUGUCAACGUUUAGGUCAUACGAAAAAUCGGUGCACUGGCAAGCCCACGUGUUAUGUAUGCAACUUACCUCCACACACGCCCGUUCCAUGUACAAGAACAAUGUGCGUCAAUUGCGAAGGAGUUCACCCUUCCAACUCAAACGAAUGUCCACGAUACAUUCAAGAAAAUCAAAUACUAGAAAUCAAAACCAAGCAAAAAUGCUCUAUUUCAGAAGCUAGGCGACUAUACAAUAAAACAUUCCAACAAAUCAACCCGUCUAAAACCUAUGCCUCUCAAAUACGUGACCAAAACUCUAACUCAACUGCUACUGAAAAAAACGCGAAUACAACCGAACCACCAUCCCCCCAAAAUAAAACAAUAAAAUCCAUCCCCUCUUUACCCUCAAACACAAAUCAAUCUGAUCUAGCCCCGGCUAAAUCAACAUCCAAUCCAGGAACUUCUUCACCUCCAAACUCAACGAAUCCAGUCUCUGAAAACGAUUCUUCCAUAGACUUUGAUACCCAACCUUCAAAAACAAAACCAUCCACAUCAUCAUCUACAAACAAUCCUACCAACAACCUUACAACAUCAAUUCAAACACAAUCCACCCCAAUCAAACCACCCACAAACGAUGAAACUAACAUCACAAAAUUACCCAACUCUCCUAUAACAAUUAUGACUAAAGAUUUAAUUUUAAAAUCUCAGUAUUACACCUCAGCUUCCGCACAAUCUAACGACGAUAGUGACGAAGCGACGGACGUCAUUAUGGAAUAA